UCCAGUUCCGUAAUUCCUUCCCAGCGUGUGUCACUGCUGCUAUCGGUCCUCUGUGUUUAUCAGCUCCGAGCCGGGGCCAUAAUGCAAGUUAUCAUCCCACAGGCUGAGCUUGCCGAACCGUGUUAUCACCAGCCAGGCUCGGAGCCCCAGUGGACAGAGCUAGAGGAGGGAGCCCGCCGUUAUCUGCCAAUGGCAGGACCUCAGAUGGAGGACAGCGCUCUGGACAUGGUGACAUGUGAAGAUGAUAGCGAGGAUGAGGAAGGAAUACAGAAUGGUGCGGAGGAAGAUGAAGAAUGUCAGGAGAUCAUUGAGCCCGCAGAGCUGAAAGCAGAGCCUGCUGAACAAAGUGACACAUUGACCCCCCAGGAGGAGGAAAUGGAAGAAGAAGCUGAAGCUUGCGCUGUGGAAUCUGAUGAAUUUUCACAGAAAGAGUAUCAUGGGAUGAAGAACCUACGAGAGGAUGAAAAACAAGGUCGUACAUAUCAUGAAUUUAACGAGGAGGCAUAUUGCGAUCGAUAUCGAGAUAUUUUUCCCAGUAAAAAUGUUGGACAGGAUGAGUUUGAUGAGCGGGUGGUGUGUCUAGAUAUAUGUACUUGUGACCUGCAGUUCAAGAUGGAUAUAGACCGAUUUGGGGGGCGCCCACUCUUAAAUUACACAUUUCCUUCUUUGUGGUCUGGGUCUAGAGCCACUCAAGGAGUGACAAAUGGGAAGGCAUACUUUGAAAUAAAGAGAACUGUGAAUCUUCCCCUAAAAGAUGGUUUUUCUGAAUUCCCAUUGCUACGUGUUGGAUGGUCUGUUGGCCAGUCGGGACCUCAGUUAGGGGAGGAUGAGCUGUCUUUUGCUUAUGACAGCCGAGGCUUCAAGGCUACCAAUUCACAUUUUGAAAUUUACGGGAAAACCUUUAGAGAAUACGAUGUGAUUGGCUGCUAUGCUGACUUGGAAGGUGCUGAAAUAAAGCUAUCAUUUUCCAAAAAUGGAGUAGACCUUGGUCUGGCCUUUGUUUUGGAAAAGAGUUCUCUUGGAGACAAGGCACUUAUACCCCAUGUGAUAUGCAAAGGCUGUGAAUUUCAAGCUAACUUUGGACAGAAGCUUCAACCAUGGCAUCAGCCACAUAGUGGAUUCAAAUAUCUGCAAGACAUGACGUCACAGGAGCUAAGACAAACAUCCCCAGUGCCAAAAUCGAUAGAGGAAUGUGAGUUACUGAUGAUGGUUGGGCUUCCUGGGGCAGGAAAGACGACAUGGGUUCAAAAACACAUGCAAGAAAACCCAGAUAAGAAUUAUAUACACCUGUGUAUAGACCGACUUAUACCACAAUUGAAGACUGCUGGACCUGAGCCUUUUGAGGAGAACUCCAAAACCAGGGACCGUUUGAUAAAGGUGGCCACACAAUGUCUAAACCGUCUCAUAGCAAUUGCUGGUCGCCGAAGAGGAAAUUACAUACUUGAUCAGUGCACAGUAUACGAUGGUGCUCAAAAAAGAAAGCUGAAGUGGUUUCCACGUUUCAUUCGUAAAGCAGUUCUGGUGGUCCCUAAAGAAGAAGAAUGGAAGAGGAGACUGGCAUUACGCAAAGAGGAGGGAGAGAUCUAUCCAGAGCCUAUCCUUUUAGACAUGAGAGCUCAUUUCAGUAUCCCAAAGAAGAAGAUAUUACAUGUGAGCAUGGUCAUUCAUUCUGAGCUCAGUCAUGGAGAAUCUGCAACGGUGAUUUGGAAUCUCAAGAAAGAAGCAUAUGAAAAGCUGGGCCCUGUUCAGAAAGACACAACUAGGAACACUUUCAAGGAGAUUUCAAAGCCACAUCCCUAUCAUCGGCCUUCACAUAUACAGCAACGUCCGAGACCAAAAGGGGUUUUCAAGAGUUUUCGUGGACCACACCGUCCUCAACAGAAUAGGUUCACUGCACCACAGAACUACAAUCUACAGUACAGCGAGGUACAGAAUUGGCAAGACUUCAGUGGAUGGCCUCCGUACUGGAAUUACAAUGGGUGGUAUAAUGGAUUAUGAUGGAAAUCUCCAACAUCCGUUUCCUGGCACCAUUUCAAUGUGUACAUAUAUAUAUAUAUAUUGUGUUUGGGUUGUGGGUUGUUUUGUUUUGUCUUUUUUUAAUCCCUUUGUAAUUCUUAAUUUAAACUAGCAUUUUUACUAUAUGUCAAUCCUUACCAUUUCCUUCUUUAUUCUCUAUUACUCAUUAACCCAUAGUGGAAAAUAUUGAAGGAUCAUUACUGCCUAGACAUACAAGGCCGAACUUUUCUGUUUUUGUUAUGGAAUUUAACACUGUGCAAACCUCCUUUUUGUUUGUUAGAAUUUUAAAUGCUGCACUGUAAUAUAUCAAUUUUUGAUUGAAGUUUAAAGACAAGUGAUUCAUCUAUCCUCCCAUUUCUUAUCAAAGCACAUGCUUUAUACACUAUUUAUUACGUAUAACCUUUGUAGUGGACUAUAUGUUGUUUACUUCGGAUGGUAGGAGUCCUCUGGUGUCUGUAUCCUGGUUAUGGGGAAAACCGUUUUACAACUUUUGCCCGAUUACCUGGUCCUGCUGGGCACUGGGUCUCCACUGAAGCAAGAUUUCACAUCUGACUUAUGUAGAGCUGCAGAAGUCAGAUGCAGAUUCUGACAAUCCUUUGUUGAAUUAGAUUCUGUGCAUCCACAUUUGCACAGAAUUGACAUUAGUCAGAGUGGAACCCUAUUUCUGGCUUGGAGAUGUUACUGGAGGUGGAGUUACACCGUUCAAAGCUAGACUCCAGCAUGGCUACUUCAAAUGUCUGAAGUGGUUAUAGUGCCUGGAGUAACCCUUUAAACCCUAGGAACUCUCUUGGUUUACCAUCCCAUUGCAAAGCUCCCACUUGUGUCCACUGAUGCACAGUAGAAGUGUAUAUAUGUGCAGUUUUUUGACCAUCCUACACCCAACUGUAAAUCAGUGGAAAAUUCCAGUCCACUAAUGUACAUAAUGAUAGGUCUUGUUCUUCAUUAUUCAACAGCCACACAUUCCUAAUGAUUCCCCCACUAUGGAUAAGUUUAGUUGACAAGCAGAAUUAUUCACACUACAGUGAAUAAGUUGGAUGACGUUUAUGGUACUUGGCUCUAAAUUAGUAAUGCUUCACCGGAGGUAAUGGUCUCCCUGAACAAAUAACAACCAUUUUAUUUGACUUCAGAUUUUUUUUUUUUUUUAAUGGGAUACUUAUGAUGUGAAAAAUAAAAUUUAUCUUUACAGUAA